UACCCCUGUACAUGUGAGAUAACUUACAAGCGUUAUAUAGACCUGUUUUGUUUGUUACAGGGUUGUGUAGUUUAAUUGUUCGUAUUUGUCUUUGCGGCAGAAUAGAAAAGUAAUCAACUAUACGUCUCAAAUGUACACAGCGCCGUGAUUUUAGCAUCGCUGGCUUAUACUUUCUAAUGAGCUAGCUAAUAACCUUGCUGGCGUCUCACCCCUGCGAAUCAGGUUCAUAUUUAUUCAGAGGGAAUGGCAGCUUUAUGUCGAGUUUUUCUUGCAUCAGCAUCUCUUUCAAUAAAGAGCUUGACCGAAGCCACAUCGAAGCCGUGGUUUUUGUCCAGUCGCAGCAAGUUUACGAGAUCACGCAUCCCUCCAAAUGUGUUUGCAGAGCGGUCUAAAGAGCAUGAAAAGUAUGGCGGUGACCCGGAACAGCCCCAUAAACUACAUAUUGUCACGCGAGUGAAAAGCACGAUGCGGCGACCUUACUGGGAAAAGAAAGUGGUGAAGAGUUUGGGUUUGUUGAAGGCCCACGAACCUCGUGUGCACAAAAACACCCCUUCUGUUAACAACCAGCUGAAAAUGAUUAAGCAUUUAGUCAGGAUUCAGCCUCUUAAACUACCACAUGGCCUUCCGGCUGAGGAGGACAUGGCAGAUUCGUACCUCAACACUAAAGGGGAGUUAGUGGUACGUCGUCUCCUAAAGCCAGUGGAACAGAAAGCCAUCGAUUCUUAGUCGAAUUGAACUCAUUCAUUUAUGCCUCUUAUGUACUUUGCAUUGUGUUGAUUAAAC